CAAAGGCCUUAUUAGUCUUAUUACCAGGAAAUCUUAUUUUUCAGCGAAGUCAGCAGACAGUGGCGACAGCCCAACUGUUUGUUCUAUUGACGUGUUUUGAAGCGCAGAAAUUUUAUUGUUUUCUCUCAUAAGAUAUCUUUAGUUCUGAAAAAACUGGCCGGUUUGAGAUGGCAUCAAGAAAGAGACGACAGUCUUUAGUGCCUUCAGAUCUGAGCAACAUUGCUAAGAAGUCCAAGGCCAAAGAUGAUUCCUACAGGAAAGACAAUCUUUUGUGUGAAUUGACGAAAAAGGCUGGACUUACUUUGAAAAAUGGAAAGCAACCCAGUGUUUUAGAUGUGUCAAAAGCAGUCUUUCAAAAACAAUUAGGGCUGUUGCUGAAGAAUCACAGUGGUGAUCUGUUGGAGGACGUGGAAACAUUUUUGGAAGAAUUUGGUGAAUACAUUGAUGAUCAGCAAAGAUUUCACAAGAGCCUCCAGCCUUGCACAGUAUCUGAUGAUUCAGAAAGUACUUCAGGCACUGUGGCUGAUUCUGUUCUGAGGCUUUUCCUGGGAGUUGAUGUCAUACAGUCACCACUGAUGACCCUGCUACUGGAGAAGCUGCAAGAGUUUGUCGGUGAAGAGGAGGACUUCAUUUUCCACCUUGGUCAGAAGGUCUACGUCCCAAGAUUGGUUUUAAGCCAGUUUCGUUUUCUGGACAGAAUUGUAGAUGGAAAGGAACUGACCAAAAAACUGAUGGAGAUUUUGGGUAGCUCCUGCCUGGACGUACAGAAGGAAAUCAUUGCCUGUCUGCCAGACAUUGUCGAAGACUCGGAGCAUGGGGAGGUGGCAAAAAAACUCAGGGAUGAGCUGAUGAGUAACAAAGAGCUGACCUGCCCUGUGAUCGAUGCUCUCACCUAUCUCAGCAUUCCCCAGGAUCUGGUCACAGAGAUCCGUAACUCUGUCCUAGACAUGCUCAAAUCUUUCAGCAUCUGUGAUCUACCGAUUGUUGUCAACUUCCUCCUAGAGUCCAUUACUGCGAACGAUGCACAAGAAGUUGUCACAGAGAUCCGGUCAAAAGUUGAUUUCACCUCAUCGUCUAAGCUGCCUGCGGAGGAGUUGGAGAGAGUGAGAACAAACAUUAAACUCACUGUGGAUGCCUUGAAAGGCCGGAUGCAGUUCCAGAGAUUUGUAGCAGAGGCCUGGAUCAAGGUCAUUGGUGCUGCUAAGGACUCCAAAGUGCUGGACGUGUUUGUCUUGUUGAUUCUGCACUGGAUGAACCACAAGAAGGCCGUGGAGAGCUUGGUCAGGAACAGAAUCAGGGCCGGACUUUUCACAGACUUUCUGCUCACCAAGGCCUUUUCCUCUUACUCCCAGGUGGUGAGGGAGUACUUUCCCUCUCUCCAGUGCCUGGCCCAGGCUUUGCUUCGCUCACCCGAGAUAGUCAUUGGUUACUGUGGCAGCUCCGUCUACUCGUUGGCUUUCACCACGUUUGAUGCAUACUGUCAACAGGAAAUUGUUGGAUCUCUGGUCACACACAUUGGCAGCGGCUUUACCGGGGAGAUUGAAGCGGCAUUGGACAUUCUGGCAGAUCUGGUGAAGAAACAGCCCCAGGUCAUGGCCCGGUAUGCUGUGUUUGUCAAGGGCGUCUUGGACUACCUUGACCACAACAACUUGACCGUUGGUCAGAUCCGCAAGCUGUAUCUGCUCCUGGCACAGCUGGCCUAUCAGAACAAAGCUGCUGACGGCAGUUACUUACAGGACGAUCUGCACAUUAUCAUUCGAAAGCAACUGACAAGCACCAACUCCAGGUACAAGAGGAUGGGCGUGACGGGCGCUAUCUCCGUGGUGCACGCCCUGGCAUCUGACACAAGCGACUCGGAGGAAGAGCUCCCGGCUGAUUCAUACAAACAGGUGAUUGAGCUACUGGAGCUGGUACACAAGUCUGGCCGCCGGGAUCCCGAGAUGACCGCUCUGUUCCUGGACAGUCUGGCAACCACGAUUGACACGGAAAAUCUUUACAGUAACGUGGAGAACUGGGUCGCGGGAAACAUGGUUGAAGCGUUUGAGGAGAACUAUGUCAUGGAUGUGGAUGGGGACGAUACAGAGUUGAAGGAAGCCUGCCCCGUUACCAUAGAGAGUACAUAUGACCUGAACAAGAGCGAAAGCACCAUCGUCAUCAAUCUGGUAGAUCUGGCUCAGAACCUUUACGACAGAACAGCCCGACGCCACUUGGAAGCGGAUGUGAGUGCUUUAUGCCUGUGUCCACUGUUCCAUCUGGUCGCGGUGUGUACCAAAAAACAGUCAAAGGGUGACCUCGAAGCGAUAGAUGCCCUGCUCGGCUGCCCGGUGUACAUGGUGGAGAAGACUGUCAGUGAGAAAAUGGCCACCAUGAGCAGGAAAGAGAAAGACAUUGUCUGUGCCAGCGUCUUCUUGUGCAUCAACUGGUUCAGAGAAAUCAUCAACAGUUUCGCUUCCAUGAGCAGUGCAGAGGUUAAGGGAAAAGUGAUGAUGAGACUGAAACAUGUCUGUGAACUCACAACUAUCCUGGAGAAAUGUCUUCUCCAACACCCGAGCUUCCAGCCCCCACCGGCCUCAUUUGACCUAGAGAACAGCUUUAGUAAGACGGAUGCCUCAACCAGCAGUGCCAAGCCUUCUGCUGGUGGUGCGGAGAAAAAGAAAGGAAAGAAAGGAGGCGGGAAAGGCAAAAAAGGAAAAGAGAACUUGGAGGUUUCUGGUGCCAGUCAGCUGGACAAAACCAACACCCAAGGGUCACAGGCUUUGCAAAAGGGAUCAGAGGAGGAUUCCUCGGAUAAAGAAGACCAAACCAUGAACAUGUCCGUGUACCGCCAAUACUUCAGGGAGCUGGACAUUAGCGUGUUCACCAUUCUCAAAGCAGGACUGGUGACGAGAGCCGCACUGGACUCUGAGAUGAAUACAAAAGCCACGGAACAGCUCCAGAUUGGUCUGCCGGAGCUUCAGUUUCUCCUGGAGGACCUCUCUCUCAAGCUGAGUCACGCCCUUGUCGCCACGGCAACCAAGCGGCGGAGCUUUCUGAAGACCAAGAGCAACAAGACAGUGGGCUUCAGCUCCCUGGACACGUACAGCCCAGCGGAGGUGGCCGAACGAGCGGUCAAGCUCCUUCCCUGUCUGCUUGACCAUUUGGAGGAGGCUUGCACCUUCUUCCAGACUCUGGUGGCUGAGAAUGACGGGGUUGAGGAUGGUCCGGGGCGGUUCACCCCCGAAGCUCUGGCUGUCUCGGCGUGCUAUCAUCUCACUCUGCAGUGUCUGCUCUCCUUGUUUUCCUGGAACGGGUUUGCCAGCGACACUCACAAGCCCUUGCUCAAAGAGGCUCUGCUCAUUGUGUUCAGGAGGAUGAGAGCCUCACAGGACCAGAGCUCUUUUGUAUCGCAACAAGACAGUUUGAGCUGCACGUUCCAGUACUUGUCCAACUUUGUGGAGACCAUCCCGACCCUGGAGGCUGCGGUCACGCUGCUCAAACUUCUGGCUGGACUGGCUGAGAGGGCUGGCAGUGAACAGAUGAACGUCAAACUGACUAAACAGGCCAAAGCAUUCCUGAAGCGAGAGUGGCGAGGGGCGGACGGGGAGCGUCUGAAGGGAGCCAAACACAACGAGCUCCUGUUAGUGGUGGUCAAGACGUACAUUGUGUACUGCUCCGAGCCACUGGACGCCCUGGAGGAGAUCACGACCAAAGGCCUGGCGGAACUGGCCAAUGAGGACAAGGAUGGCUGUGCGGAGGAAUUUGUUUCUCUGAACAGGCACUCGUUUUCCACCUUCUACAAAGUUGUCUUGACUGAACUCAUCAGCCACAUCAAACAAAUCCCGGCUCUGAAAAAGAACGACUCGGAGCAGGUGAAGGAAGAUCGCCUGUUGUCCUGGAUGAUGGCGGUCAAGGUUCUCCAUGUGGCGGUCAGCUUAAUCAAAGUGUUCUCGGCCCGGGGCAAUCUGAGUGCAGCGCUCAAGUUUGGUCGUCAGUUCGUGGAGAUCUUCCUGCGUCUGGGCAUGCCCCUGCUGGAUGUGACGUUCCGACGGCACCAUGAGGAGGUGGAGAAACUGUUGAGGUCGUUGCAGCAGAGUACACGCAUGCUGCACCAUAUGUGUGGACACUCCAAGAUCAACAAGGAUGUGGCUUUGAUUAACCAGGUGCCCAUGUUGAAGCGUAGUCUGGAAGCGUUUGUGUAUCGGGUGAAAGCCAUGCUCACGCUCAACAACUGCCAAGACGCAUUCUGGAUGGGAAAUCUGAAGAACAGGACCUUGAAGGGCGAGGAAAUCCUUACGCAGCAGAGCUCUAUCGCUAGCUCAGGGGAAACAACUGCAAAUGAAGAUGCUGAUGAAAAUGAAGAGGAGAAUCAAGGUGACGAAGAUGAGGAUGGUGACAGUGAGGUGGAGCUUGAAGCAGAAGUGCCGGAGCAAGAGACAAAUGCUGACGGUGGUUCUUACAGCGAAAUUUUCUAAUGUCCCAGGAAGUGACACUCUAGAACCUCUCCAAAAAGUACAAUUUUGUAUCGGAUGAAUGGGUGAUUAGUUUGUGUUCUGGUGGCGUUUGCUCCUUAUUUCCUAUCAAACAUCUAUAGUCCUGAUCAAUCCUUCUAUUUUGUUUGUUGUUCUCAUG